AUGACCAUGCAAACACUCUGCUUCAUCACUAUCUUCAUAGGUAUCUCCAUCUCUCAAACCACUUGUGCUUACAGAUUCAAUUUCGACAACUUCGGUAUUAAUGGCUCCGAUCUCUUCACGUUCCAUGGAGACGCAGAGUAUGGUCCCGAAAAUAGUCGCAUGAGCCGGUCGGGUGCCCUCGCUUUGACCCGAUACACCAUUCCUUUCGCUCAUGGUCGAGCUAUUUUCAUCAACCCAAUCACCUUCAAGCCUCCCAACAACGCUUCUUCUGUUUACCCUUUUAAGACCUCUUUCACCUUCUCCAUCACUCCUCACAAUACAAACCCUACUCCUGGUCAUGGUCUCGCCUUCCUCCUCGUCCCUAAUAACAAAAACGACGCCGUUUCUGGUUUAGGUUACCUCAGUCUCGACAAGUCUUUUCACGACAUCAACGAUAACCAUGUCGGAAUCGACAUCAAUUUGGUAGACUCAGUGGUUUCGGUUAAAUUCGAUUAUUGGGUUAUGACAAAAAACGGUUGGUUAUUCAAGGAUUCGAAGCUGAACAGUGGAGAUAAAUACACGGCUUGGAUCGAGUACAACAACAAUUAUAAGCUCAUCUCGGUUACCAUCGGGCUCGCGCAUUUGAAGAAACCGAACCGGCUUUUGGUUGAGGCGAAAUUCGAUCUCUCCAAUGUGCUGCUCGAGAAGAUGUACGCCGGUUUUGCCGGUUCAAAGGGCCGUGGUGUCGAGGACCACAAGAUCUCAGAAUUAGAAAACCGUGUUUAUUCAUUUUGA